AUGAAAAAGCAUGCUCGUUUACAGGAUAGGCCCGAAAUUGAAUGCACUUUCAAUGUGAUUGGCCCCGCAGGAUCAUUUUUUAUUGUUGAAGCUGAGACGGACAAUAAAAAAGCUUUCGAGAACACCAUGAGGAAAUAUUUCAAUAAGGUGGGCGGGUUCCGUUUUGCAAGUGAAGCCUCUGCAGUACAAAGCUGGUUUCAACAAAAGGGCGUUCUAACCGUCAAAGCUGAAUUGAAGGGCAAACCUGUGGGACUUGAACAGAUGGAGGAAGUUGGAAUUGAGUUAGAUUGUGAAGACGUCGUUCUUAUCGAAAGCGGAGAUCGAACAUUUGAACUAUUGUGCCAGCCGGACAGACUGUCUGAUGUAGAACAUAAACUCACUAGCAAAGGGUGA